CACAUAUGUAUGUGGAGGAGUGGCUUGUGGACUGCAGCUGUCCAUGGCUUUACUGUCAGAGUGCAUUAGCUCUAGCAGUUUGUUUGGGAUGAGAGGCAGUCAGUCAGUGGUGAUUAACUGAGCACAAAGUCAAAAGUAAGCAUAGACAGAGAUGCAUCCCAUUCUGCUUCUGCUGCCCUUGUUUGGAUUCCUCCACUUGAUACCUGGUGUAGGGGCAAACACUUCUCUAUGCGGUCCAUGCAACAGAGAUGCCUGUAGGUCUAUUACCUGUGCAGCACCUGAGCUGCUCACCAAAGAUGACUGUGACUGCUGUGACCUCUGUCUCAGUAUAGAAGGAGAGAAUUGUGGUGGAAGAGAUGAGACGAGAGCUCGCUGUGCUCCUGGGAUGGUCUGUGUGAGCCAUUCCAGUUUGGGAAGAGAGUCAUCCUCUUAUUCUGAAGGAACAGGAUUCUGCCUUUGCGAAGAAGAUGGUGCUGUAUGUGGCUCUGAUGGACGAACCCAUUCCAGUGUCUGUGCCCUCCAUCUGCAGAGCUGGAAGGCACAAAGCCAAGGCAAGGGUACCAUCAACAAAGUCCAUGAUGGAGAGUGCACAUUUGCUCCUGUGAUUACGAUAGCACCAGGAAAAAUUCACAAUGUCACCGGUGCUCAAGUGUACUUAUCAUGUGAAGUAAAGGCAAUUCCAACACCUAUCAUAUCCUGGAGAAAGGUGUCAGAGUCUCCUAAAGGAGUACGAAUAUUUGAGGACCUACCUGGAGACAGAGUGAAUGUUGCUGUCCAAGUACGUGGUGGACCUUCUCGUCAUGAAAGUUCCAGCUGGGUAAUGAUAAAGCCUUUGACAAAAGAGGAUGAAGGUACUUACCAAUGCCAUGCGACCAAUAUGGUAGGAGAUGCAUUUGCAGAAGGAUCCAUCAGAGUUGUUGAACACAAUUCCCGCAGAAUGAAGAAGAACCAUCACCGUAUCUGAAGUUACUAUGUAAUCAGGACUGAAAACGACUUCCAACCUGCAACAUUUUUGGUUUCAUAAUUAUGUACAAAACAUGUAGAAAUUAGUUUUAUAUUGUUAUUAUGACGAUUUUUGUACAAUAUUAAACAGUUACUAGAACAAACUGAAUAAAGUUUCAUAGCUGCAA